CAUUGUCUGUUCAAAGAUAUCUUCCUUAGUACAACCUUCUAGCUCUCUAUGUACAAACAUGGAUGACAAUAGAGCUUUGAUGACAAACCAAUCAAGUUGCAGUAAAACCAUUAGAGCUGGUAUUUGUGUUUUGGUUAUAGAUGGUGAUGCAACAUGCCUUAAAAUUAUUGAAGCAAUGCUAAGAAAGUUCCAAUACAAAGUUGUCACUAUUAAACAUGCAUCUGAUGCUUUGGCCAUUCUUCGGGAAAGACGAGGAGCAGUUAACAUUGUACUAACAGAUCUUCAUAUGCCUGAGAUGAAUGGACUUGCCCUCCUUGAGCACGUUGAGGCUGAAUUUAAGAUUCCUGUUGUUAAUCUAUCUCGUAAUACAGUAAUGUCUGAUGAUGCGGAUGAAGAUGUUGUUGCAUCAAGAUGCUUGAAAAGUGGCUCUUCAUUUUACUUUACAAAACCAUUAACUACAAGUGAGAUAAGUAGCCUCUGGCAAUAUGUAUACUUGAAGAGACACAAUGAUACAAUGGUAAUUGAGCAAAUAAGAAUCGAUUCAGAACCAUCAAAACAUGAGAAGGAUUCUAAUGAAGAUACUGAGUGUGGAUCCUCCAUCAAUGAAACCAAUUGGAGACAAAAAUCAUGGAAAGAAACCCCCAAAAGGAAGAAUCAGAAUGAGGGAGGAAAUAAAUAUGAUAAUGCAACACAAAAGAGUUCGAGGGUAGUUUGGACUCUUGGGCUUCACACCAAAUUCUUAGAUGCCAUUGAUCAAAUAGGCAUUCAUAGGGCUGUACCAAAAAAUAUACUUGAGGUGAUGAAUGUAGAAGGAUUAAAAAGAGAAAACGUCGCCAGUCAUUUGCAGAAAUAUCGCAUGUUUUUGAGACGAUUCAAGGAAGCGAGCAGAUCUAGCGAAUCAAGUAUUAUCAGGCAAAUGAACAGUGGAUCUCUAAAAUCAAGGUUUGCAUUAAGACGUCUUUCUCUAAUGCUCAAUGCAGAACAAGAGUUUUCUCGAUACUCUGAGCAACAGCGUGCACGCAGUUCUUUUCAACCAAGACUGGGAAGUUCCUCCAAAACUCAACAAAGCCAUGAAAAUUCCCUUCUAAAAGGGAAUAACAGAAAGCUGAAACAGCCUUCGGUUGACACAAUAUCGCAAAAUGAUGGUAACUAUUCAUCUUCCCAAAUGGAACCACUUAACAUUAAUCUUGCAAGCAGUAGAGACACAUUGAAGAUGAUCCAUCAACAAGCUCAGGCAAGGACUAGCCAGUUUCCUCAUGGCUUGCUUGAUCAUACCUUCAACACAACUAGCUUGCCUACUACCAACUCUCAGAUUAUUGGCAACCAAACAUUCAAUUUUUUUGGCAUAGGUCAUGGGCCAUCAAGUGGUACCAACAGUGGCUACAAUAGGAUGGAUUUUAUCCGAAAUGGAAAAAGUCCAGUAAUAGACACUGGGAAGUCUUCUCUAAUUCCUGGAUUCACUACACCUUAUACUGAUUAUGCUGCUCAAGGGUUAGCUUUUUCUAGUGGUUUAAUGCCUCGUCAAGUGUCAGCUCCUUCGGGCUGGUUUAUGCCUCAGGCAGUAGCUUCUUCCAGUGGGUUUGUUACCACUGACAGUAACUAUAGUUGGAUGGAUGAAAUCCGAAAUGGUAAAGGGCCUAUGAUAGACACUGGGAAAUCUCCUCUAAUUCCUGGAUUCACUUCAUCUUAUUCUGAUUAUGCUGCUCAAGGGAUAGCUUUUUCUAGUGGUUUAAUUCCUCAUCAAGUGUCAUCUCCUCCUUGCCGGUCUAUGCCUCAGGCAGUAGAUUCUUCCAGUGGGUUUGUUACUACUAAUCCUUUUUCACCAAUCCUCACUAAUGUUAGUCAUCAAGAACCACCUUGGCUGCCACCACCACCACCUCCACAACAGCAAAAUGACAUUGAGGUACUUGGAGAAGAAGUUGAUAGCAUAUGUGAGUCAAUGAAACUCAGCUCCCCAUUUGGAAACGUUUCAUCUGACCAAUCAAUUGAUGAAGACUAUAUAAAUGACAUUUUGUUCGAGCCAGUGGAAUAAUCAUCUAAUCAGCAAGACGUUGUGGAGAAGUAGCAGAUCUUCAAUAUUAAUGGCUGUCAGGUGGACAAUGACAAUCCAAUCAGUUGGAUAAUUUAGCUUUCUUUGAGUCCUUUGGUUUGGAAUGAUAUUCUGAGGAACAUUUAAAUUUAUGUUUACAAGUAGGACAUAGCAGUAUCAGUACUUGUAAUUGGAUUUGGUUUUUUUUUUUUUUUUUUUUUUUUUUUUU